AUGUUUGAGGUUAAGCUGAUCAACGAGUCCAAGGCUGAUGAGAGCGUCUACUCUGCAAACCCCAGUGCUGUUGGUUACCUCUUGGCUGCAGCCCACGAUGGUGACGUAGGGGCGAUGCGCCAGGUCCUGAGCGAGUAUCCGAGUUUAACCGUCAACAGCUGUGACUGUGACAAACGCACACCACUACAUCUGGCGGCUGCGGGUGGUCAUGCUGAAGCUGUGGAAUUCCUUCUGGACGAAGGAGCCGUCUUAAGUCCCGACAGGAUGGGUAUGUUGGCCCUUCAUGAUGCCGUCAUGAACAACAACGCAGUUGAGAUUCGUUCAAUGCUCGCCGAAGCCGACCUGAAGUGUCCUGGUGGGGUUUGUUAUCUGCCUCCAGAGAAGGCCCAGAUGCUCAGGAACGCUGACGUAUCUGAGGGCGUGGUCAUGAGCCUCACUACUGAGGAAGUGGAGACGAAGAUGACGCAAGUUUUCUCCAUCAUAUCUAAGGAAGAGGUGUUUGCUCCUGCCCGCCUUUGGUUCGAGAUCCAGUAUUAUUUCACGGAGCUCGGACUUCACCCGAAAUACUUUAUGCAUUGCACCAGCGCUCAGAUCGCGAGGCACAUACACUGUCUGAUGGCUGCUAAAAAAGUAGCUGAGUCCACUGGGUCCUCCAAUAUCCACUUCGAGAUUGAGGACGAGCAGUCUGGUUUCUUCCUCACUACCAUCGAUGAUCACCACGUGACGCCUACUGAAAGAUUACUGGCGGACUAUCUCGCUAACUCCAGUAGUGGCGAGUCGUUUUCUGUCAUUUUUAUCAAGUCUGAGAAUCCCCCAGUCGUUGACGGUAACGCCCCGUUGGGAGUAUUCAUGGUUGAUAAGACUAGGUUUGAAACUCACGUUGGUGUUGGUGAUGUUGCUGAAGAAGAAGACCUGCAACUGGUUGCGUCGCCAUUUUUCCUCCAGCGCAAAUCAUUAGACUCUCAGAAGCUGUACCAGAACUUGGUGCAUGAGAUCAUGAGGACCAGAAAUGCUGCGGUCAAGCUCAUCAAGGCCCCGGAUCACAUGGUGCGUCAGAAGGGGAGCCAUGUCCUACAAUUCGCUCUCUACGACGUUGAGAGGAAGGGCAAGGUCUUCUUCUCAGAGUUCAGCGAGUGCUUGCGUGCUCACGGAGUCAUUCCACAGCGGAUGUACAUCGAGUCGUUCGCUAAUGGUGUCGUGGCUUACCACUGCUACUUGGGGCCCGAGCACAGUCCUGAGAAGUUGCAAGACUUGGUCAAGACACUCCGGUAUGUCAGCCAUUUCAAGCACAGCCCCAAGGGUUCCGCGCUAGUCUGGGAGCUUGUUCUGAAGAAGCAAAUAACGCCAGCCCAAGCGGUGUUCUUCGUCACCGCGGUCAAGUUCAUCUUCACUUUUUUCCCAAAGAGACGGCGGAAUAUUUGA